GAACGGUCGAAACAGCAACGCAGACGGAUGCAAGACCUGUUAUUGCGCGCGACUUGGCAGUACCAACUUCUCCGGAAGCCUAUUUUAUCACAGAUGGAUCGAACGAAAUUUUUUCCCGUAAAGUCUUCAUUGGCGGCCUUCCGAUCGACAUGCCGGAAGCUCAGUUGCACUUUUUGCGUUUUGACAACAGUAUAUUCUCGAAGUCGUGGACGCACUGGAGGAAGGGCGAGGAGGGGGACGACUACGCAAUUCCGAACCUGGAUAGUUAAACAGCGAAACGAGCGAGCGUCAUUAGCAUCUCGAGACUUCUUUUGUGCAUUUCUGCUGUCGAAGUUGGACGACAGAAUCUUCUCCUCAUACAUUUUCUUUUAGAA